CAAAUUCUUAUUUGUUAUAUCAACAUGUUGUUCGUAACAGCCUUGUUCCUUUCAUCGUUAGCUGUUUUUGCUCAAAGUUGCAACUGUCCAAGGGAUUACAGUCCUGUCUGUGGAUCCAAUGGUAAAACUUAUGGAAACGAUUGUCUUGCUGAAUGCGAAGGUAUUAGUGUACUUCGAUCUGGAGAAUGUCCAACUUGUGUAUGUCCAACAAUCUUAGAACCUGUUUGCGGAGACGACGGUAAAACUUAUUCUAACGAUUGCGAAGCGGCAUGCUUCGGAAGGACAGUUGCCAGUAAAGGUUCCUGUCCAAUUCAUGAAUUAUAA